ACGGCAUCCAAACUUUUGGAUCAUUUGUUAAUUUCUUUCCAUGAGCUACUCAAGAAUCGACCAGAGCCCAGAGGAAUCCAGGUCUCGCGGUUAUCACUCCAACGGUGAGACUGACGGGCCACGUGCGGACUACUUCACGGGCGAACGAACUGACUCGAGAAAGGGAGGUAACUUCCGGGAGAGUUACGCCAAUGGAGACUUCGACGAGAAUGAGAAGCUCUAUGAUGGAAAAAGGCCUCAAGAUGGGGGGCAGACUUACGAUGGGUACGGGUACCAGGGAUCAGAUCCAGCUGGGGCAGGAUCUGAUGUUAUCGAGACCGACACAGACGAGGUCAUUGACAAAUUUGAUGACAUGAACCUAAGAGAAGAUCUCUUAAGAGGAAUUUAUGCCUAUGGUUUUGAGAAACCUUCUGCUAUUCAGCAACGUGCUAUUGCCCCCUGCACCAAAGGUCAGGAUGUCAUUGCCCAGGCUCAGUCUGGCACUGGGAAGACUGCCACCUUCUCUAUAGCCAUCCUACAGCAGCUAGAUGUGGACCUUAAGGAAUGCCAGGCUCUGGUGCUAGCCCCCACCAGAGAGUUGGCACAGCAGAUUAAGAAAGUUGUGAUUGCCCUUGGGGACUACAUGGGCGCCCAGUGCCACGCCUGUAUUGGGGGCACAAACAUUAAGGAGGACAUCCACAAGCUGCAGCAGGGUGUCCACGUGGUGGUGGGAACGCCAGGCCGCGUACAUGACAUGAUCCAGAGGAAAGUCCUCGGCACUCAGCACAUCAAGAUUUUUGUUCUCGAUGAGGCUGAUGAGAUGUUGUCCAGAGGAUUCAAGGAUCAGAUCUAUGAUGUCUUCAGAUUUAUGCCUCAGAGCAUUCAGGUGAUCCUGCUGUCGGCUACCAUGCCUGUGGAUGUACUCGAGGUCACCAAGAGGUUCAUGAGAGAACCCAAGCGAAUCCUUGUCAAGAAGGAAGAGCUGACUUUGGAGGGUAUCAAACAGUUCUACGUACAGGUGGAGAAAGAGGAAUGGAAACUGGAGACUCUCUGUGACUUGUACGAGACUCUCACCAUCACACAGGCCGUGAUUUUCCUUAACACUCGUAGAAAAGUCGACUGGCUCUUGGAGAAAAUGCAGGCUCGUGAUUUCACCGUGUCUGCUAUGCACGGCGACAUGGAUCAGAAGGAACGUGAUGUGAUUAUGCGAGAGUUCCGCUCCGGCUCUAGUCGUGUCCUCAUCACUACUGACCUGCUAGCUCGGGGGAUUGAUGUCCAGCAAGUGUCGCUGGUCAUCAACUAUGACUUACCCACCAACAGGGAAAACUACAUCCACAGAAUUGGCCGUGGCGGUCGAUUUGGCCGUAAAGGCGUGGCGGUGAACUUCGUCACUCAGGAUGACAUCCGUACUCUACACGAUAUUGAACAGUUUUAUAACACUGCUAUUGAGGAGAUGCCCAUGAAUGUUGCCGAUCUUAUAUAGACGACCCGAGAUAUUGCGAUUUCAUUUCCGACGCUCCCUAGCAUCUGCCGCAGAUUCACAGGAUACCAGGCGAUUUUGAAGCAGCGAUUUCUUCCCGGUUUUCUGACCUGCCUUGUUCCAUGUGAAUUCCGAUGUGACACGAGUGUGAAUGACUCGCAGUACUAAAGGUCCACGAGAGAUUGGCCUGAACUUUGACCCUGCUGGGUCUGAACUUAAAAAAAAAAAAGAGGUCACGAGACAUCUUUAUAUAUUGUGCAUUAUUUGUCAGAUUUGUUGCUGUAGUGAAGACUUCUGUGGUGUUCGUUGGAGGAGGGGAGCAUUUUGCGGACGCAUGUUGUAGUGCCAAAGACGGGAGUACACAGUUCCAAUGAACUCUGACCUUUCACUGCUACAGUGCUAAAGGGAAUCCCUCUCAGUUAGUGAGCAGGAGGCGCUAACGAAAACCACUGUGUUGUAUGUCUGUAUUUACUAAUUGUCUAUUUCUCAAUACCUAACAGGUUUAACUUUUAAUGUAAAUGUACAUCUGGUUUUGAGGUCUAUCGAGAGCACAGCUUUUACUUCUUGAAAAAAAAAACUAUUUGUAGUCGCAAUUAACUCAUUAUUAUCCAGCCCUUCUCAUUAUUGUAUAAAUUAAACAACUUGCCGUGGGUUGGCAUGGAGCGUGUUAAAGCUCCCCUGGUGUCGCGCGUGCUGCGUUGCACAUGCGGAGGUGCCUCUUCUGGCAUGGCCACCCGGACUGUAAAGACUUUGUAUUUGUUGUUGAUACUCAGCUUGGAGGCUCACAUUUCAUGUGAAGUACAACAAAGUCCUAGGUGUAUUAAAAAAUUAUUUAACUUUAA